AUGGGCCGCGAGCUUAAAGACAUCAAGAAAGAAAAUGACGAGCUGCAAAUAAAGCUUGAUGAAGCUCUGCAAAUAAAUGAAGCGAUCCUCGAAGAGAAGAACCAAGAGGACAUAAAGAAGCGAGACAUGGAGAGGCAACUCCAACACAUGGAGGGAAAAGACAGGAUGCUGCAGGCAAGGCUUAAAGAAACAAUGCACAAAUAUGACGAGUUGCUGCAAGAGAAAAAGCAACAGGAGAUGAAACAAAAAGAACUAGAUUGCAAGAUUCAGAACAUGGAGAAAAACAAUGAAUGCUUGCAACUGUGGCUGGAAAAGAGAAAGGCGUUCAGAAGCGGCGACAGGGACUGCUACAGAGAGGCCAAGUACAGGUUCACUAAAGAAGUGGACAUUGCUAAACAUCAGCACUCUGAGAAGAUGCAGCAGCAGAUCUCAGAGAAUGAUUCGGCCUCUGUGUGGAAAAGCUUUAGGAAUAUUACCAACUACAAGCCUAAAACCCCCCACUCCACUGAUGACUUGCUCUUGGCCAACAGCCUUAACGACUUUUACUGCCGUUUUGACGAGCCAUCAAGCAGCCUUCACACCUCCAACGGCCCCAACAAUAGAGACACUUUGGACACUCAUUCCCCCACCUCUCCCCCCUCCAUAGAGCCAUCACCACCAUCAAACACUUCACCUACAACACCUCCCUCCACACCCCUCACCAAGGAGGAUUUCACACCACCUUCUCCCACCACAACUCUUCAUAUUCAUGAGGCAGAUGUGAGGAAGCUGUUUAACACUAGGAUGGCCUCCGUAUCACUGCCACGCGGGAAGAACCUCUCCACGCAACAGACUUUGGCCUUGCUUCAGGAAAUGGACGAAGCAGAUUCUGAUGGAGGAGAGGUUUCAUUUGUCCAGCAGGCCACUGAUGCCUCCUCAGAAGAAUCUGAAAAGGAGACGGAACAAAAACCCAACAUGCCUCCACGGAAGAGGCCCCGUGGUACUGGAAAGCCCAGCCAGAGCCACACGGCCAAAGGCGGCACUGUGUGGGUUGAGGAGGACAUUGGAAUGCCCAGUGCAGUAGCAAAUCGCUCGUGCUUCACUGCGCAAGCUGGACCCACAGAGUCUGCUAAGCGCAAGAUUACAAGUGCGCUCCAAAGCUUCCUUUGCCUGUUAGACGUGGGAAUGCUGCACACCAUCAGGGAUUGUACGGUCAAUCAAGCCCGCAGAACAGAGCCGCACUGGAAUUUGUCAGUUCAUGAACUGAUGGCAUUCAUUUCAAUUCUGUUUGUAAGAGCAAUCAUGUGUCCCGUUGGUGCCAUUGUGGAUUGCUGGUCAGAAAGAUUUCUGGUGCCAGUAAUCAAAGAGACAAUGCCCCGAGAUAGAUUCAUUUCAAUUAUGCAACACCUUCGAUUUGAUGACAAGGACACGCGGGCAGAACGGGUGAAAACAGACAAAUUUGCGGCGUUCUCCGACAUCUGGACACGCUUCAACGAGAACUGUGCUAAGAGUUUCACUCCAGGAGAACACAUGACCAUAGAUGAACCGCUGUUCCCUACCAAGGUUCGUUGUCCAUUCACCCAGUAUAUUGCAACCAAGCCAGACAAAUUUGGGAUCAAGUUCUGGAUGGCCACGGACUUGGACACCAAAUAUAUCUGCAGUGCAUCUCCUUACUUGGGAAAGGACCCCAGUCGUCAGAAGGGAGAGAGGCUGGCAGAGAACGUGGUCAUGAAACUGAUGGAGACGUUUUUGGAUGAUGGGAGAAACGUCACAACGGACAAUUUCUUUACUUCCCUGUCACUGUCGCACAGACUGCUGCAGCGCAAAACAACGUUACUGGGCAGGGUGAAUAAAGUUCAGCGUGAGCUUCCUCAACUUGCACGGAUGUAUUCCGUAAGAGCAGCAACACGCAGGUGGCCAGCAGCGGUUUUCUACAAUAUGCUGGACCUGGCAGCGGGGAAUGCCUACAUUUUGUACAAGGCAUGUACAGGGUGGACAGGCAAAAGAAGAUUGUUUCUGAGUAUUCUAGCUCAGGAACUUCGUUGCCGAUUCAUGCAGCACAAGGAAAUAUUGGCACAGGCUGCUGAAGCUGCUGCAGCUGUGCCAGGGACUGUAAAGACAACGCAGUGCCAGGUGCAAGAGAGCUGCAACAGGAAUCGCAGCAGGUUUACCUGUGCAACAUGUAAGAAAUUCACCUGCGCCAAAUGCAGGGAUGAUGAACACUGGUUCUGCAAACGCUGUAAAGUUUGAAACACUUUGAAAUAAAACAGACUUGUGUAUCAAUAUACUUUGAAUGUGUGUCUUUCUAUCGAUAUGGCAGGAAUUUCUGAAGGUUGUAACACAGAGGUUUGGCCUGCCUUGGAUCUGAGUAAACAAAUGCCAAU